CACAUUUCCAAUCCCCCAUCCCAUGUCGCCAUCUCCAUCUCCAUCACCUCUCCUUUCUUCCUUCCUUCCUUCCCUCCUUCCCUUUCCUUUCCUUUACCUUCUCUUCCUUUCUUACCCCAUCUGCUUCCAUUUCCCCCAUCCCCCGUCCACCUCUUCAGACCGCAGACCAUCGCUGCUAUCAGAAGAGUCUCGCGUUCAACGUUCUGCUCGCUGUUCCCGAGUCCGUUGAGACACAUCCACAUCAUGAGCGUUCAGAGCAGCGUGCUGGGUUUCCCCCGCAUCGGACCCCAGCGUGAGGUCAAGAAGGCUCUCGAGGCCUACUGGGCGGACAAGAUUAGCGUCGACGAGCUACUCAAGAUCGCCAAGGAGCAGCGUCUGCUCACCUACGAGACUAUCAAGUCACAGGGUGUCGAUUUCGUACCCACCGGCACGUUCUCCCUCUACGACCAUGUCCUCGACUUCUCAGCCACGUUCAACGCGUUGCCCGAAGCACACGCCAACUCCGGUCUCUCCGCGCUCGACGCCUACUUUGCCGCCGCUCGCGGUCACCAGAAGAAUGGCGUCGACUUGCCGGCGACGGAGAUGAAGAAGUGGUUCGACAGCAAUUACCACUACCUCGUCCCCGAGUUCAGCGAGAACACCCAGUUCAAGCUCAACAACACCAAGCCCAUUGAUGACUUUGAGGAGGCCAAGGCUGCCGGCUACAACGCCCGCCCUGUCCUCCUCGGCCCCAUCACUUACCUCUGGCUCGGCAAGGCCGGCAAGGGCGCAAGCGCCGGCUUCGAUCAGUUCUCGCUCCUCUCCAAGCUCAUCCCCGUCUACGUUGAGCUUCUCAACAAGCUCAGCCAAGCCGGUGCCGAGUGGAUCCAGAUUGACGAGCCCAUUCUCGUGAUGGACGCGGGCGCCAACUACGCCGAACAGUUCAAGCAGACCUACACCGAGUUCGCCAAGGCUGCCCCCAGUGUCAAGCUGAUGCUCGCCACCUACUUUGGCCGCCUCGACGCUAACAUCAACUUUGUCAAGGACCUCCCCAUUGCCGGCCUCCACAUCGACCUCGACCGCAACCCAGAGCAGCUGAACGAGAUUAUCAGCGCUGUCGCCGGCACCAAGAUCGGUCUCUCCUUGGGUCUCGUCUCUGGCCGCAACAUCUGGAAGACCGACUUGGCUGCUGCCAUCAAGACUGCACAGAGCGCCAUCGCCAAGCUCGGUGCUGAGCGCAUCGUCAUCGCUACCAGCAGCUCGCUACAGCACUGUCCCAUCACCAUCACCGCCGAGAAGAAGCUCAAGCCCGAGGUUCUUGACUGGUUUUCUUUCGCCACCGAGAAGUGCGCGGAGGUCGCCGUUCUCGCCAAGGCUCUCACCAACGAGGCCUCGGUUGCCGACGCACUCGCCAAGAACGCCGCCAGCAUCAAGGCUCGCCGCGACUUUGAGAAGAACUCGGACCCUGCCGUCCGCCAGCGCCUAGCCGCUGUCAAGCCCGAGGACCUCAACCGCAAGUCACCCUUCAACGUACGCAAGGAGGUUCAGCAGAAGGUGCUUGACCUUCCUCCAUUCCCAACUACCACCAUCGGCUCUUUCCCGCAGACCAAGGAGAUCCGUGUCCAGCGUGCCAAGUUCAACAAGGGCGAGAUUGACCAGGCGACCUACGAGAAGUUCAUUGAGGACGAGAUCCGCGAUGUCGUCAAGCGCCAGGAGGCGCUUGGCCUCGAUGUGCUUGUUCACGGCGAGCCUGAGCGUAACGACAUGAGCCAGUACUUCGGUGAGCGUCUGUCGGGCAUGGAGCACCCUGACUCUGCCUGGGUGCAAUCCUUCGGCUCGCGAUAUGUCCGCCCCCCCAUCAUUGUUGCCGAUGUCUUCCGCCCGGAGCCGAUGACUGUCCGCUGGUCGGCGUUCGCACAGAGUCUCACGAAGAAGACGAUGAAGGGCAUGCUUACUGGCCCAGUCACGAUCCUCAACUGGUCGUUCCCACGCGUGGAUGUCCCGCGCGAGCUCCAGUGCAAGCAAAUCGCCCUGGCCCUGCGCGACGAGGUCAUCGACCUUGAGAAGGCCGGCAUCCGUGCUAUCCAGGUCGACGAGCCAGCAAUCCGCGAGGGUCUCCCGCUCCGCCAGAAGGAGUGGUCUGCCUACUUCCGCUGGGCUGUUGACUCAUUCAAGCUCGCGACUUCCGCUGUCGACGACAACGUCAACAUUGCGUCGCACUUCUGCUACUCGGACUUCCAGGAGGAGGCCACCAUGCAGUCCAUCAUCGACCUUGACGCUGACUUCGUCUCUAUCGAGAACAGCAAGUCGGACGCGAAGCUGCUCAAGGCCUUCACCAAUAAGAAGUACCCUGCAGACAUUGGCCCCGGUGUCUUUGACAUCCACUCUCCGCGUGUCCCGACCGCAGAGGAGAUGGUCGCUCGCGUCCGUGAGAUGACCAAGUACCUUGGCCCCCACCAGAUCUGGGUCAACCCUGACUGCGGUCUUAAGACGCGCACGUGGAACGAGACCACCGCCCAACUCGAAAACCUUGUUGCCGCUGCCAAGCAGGCGCGUCAAGAAUUCUCUGCCUAAUGCAGCAUUGUCCCCGUUAAUCAUUGUAGUACGUUCAACACCAUACCGCUAAGAACAUCGAAUCUUAACGCAACUGGUCAUGUAUCAUAGUCUUCAACAGAAGUUGUGCCAACUC